AUGCAGCGGAAGAAGAUUCCUGAGACGACCGUAACCACCGUAACCACCGGGACCACCACGACCGUAUCCAAAUCGAUGACGCCAACUGCUCCAUCGACUACACAAACUACAAAUACUACAAAUACUACAACUACUACAAAAAAGGAGCCACCAAAAGCUGAUGAUGAAAGAGAUAACGAGGCGAACUUCCGUCCGGAUCAAUUUGUGAACGAGAAGAAAACGGAUAGAGGGCGGAAGGCUUAUAAGAAUUAUGUGGAAAUGGAGAAUACCAAUCGGCAGGCUUUUAAAGGGAUCGAAUCCCUAUUGAGCUCUCUCGGACAAGCUGUCGGACUUGGAAACAUUUGGAGAUUCCCACAAAUGGCUUAUCGAAAUGGUGGCGUCGCGUUCCUCAUCUCCUAUAUCGUUUGUGCAUUCAUAUUUGCGAUUCCGGCGAUUCAUAUGGAAUUCGUGUUGGGACAGUACGCGGCGAAGAGUCCACCGGCGGUUUUCAGAAGGAUUAUGCCGGUGCUGGAAGGAAUCGGUUGGAUGUGUUGUCUCGUCGGCGCAGUCAUUGGUAUCUACUACAUGAUUCUUAUCUCAUGGAUUGGAAUCUAUUUGGGCAACACUGGCAACGCUGUCAAACUGUCCAAGUGUAAUAAUGAGUGGAACAACCUGGGGAAUAGUGUAUGCUACGUGGGCGUCGUGCAGAAGAGGUGUAAAGGAUUGUUUACGGAUUUUAUUGAUAAGGAUGGAAAAAAUGCAACCAGAAAUCACAAGUUUUUCAAAGGAAGGUGUCAAGAUCCCGGCAAUUUGACCAUGGCUAGUGGGACCGAGCAGUUUUUUACAAACUUCGUGAUCAAUCCCUCCACCGGCUUCACCGACUUCAAUUUCAUCAACUGGGCAACGUUGGGCGCCGUGGCGAUUUGCUGGGUGGCUGCCUCGAUUGUCUUGAUUCGAGGAAUGAAAAUGAUUGGAAAACUCUCCUACUUUACCGUAAUCCUACCGUACAUCAUUAUCGUAAUCCUAAUGAUUCGAGGCAUCACCCUGGAUGGUGCGGCAAAUGGUUUAUACUAUUUGUGGGGUGAGCCGGAUUUUGCGUUUUUGAUAAACUUGCGAACGUGGACCGAUGCAAUGACUCAAAUAUGUUUUUCACUAUCAAUUGGCCAAGGCGGAUUGAUGAAUAUCGCGUCGUAUAAUAAGAAGAGCUAUAAUUGGUAUAGAGACGCCUUCCUACUGGUCCUCUGUGACACUUUGAUGUCCCUGCUGGGUGCCACCGCCGUCUUCGCCACCCUCGGCUUCCUGGCCAAACAACAAGACGUCCCUGUGCCAAAAGUGAUUAAAGAUGGCCACGCCCUCGCGUUCAUCGUCUAUACCGAAGCGAUCUCUCAGAUGCCCAUACCGUAUCUCUGGCAUGGACUGUUCUUUCUCAUGUUGCUGCUGCUCGGUAUGAGUACCGAAAUUGUGAUUGUCGAAAUUGUGUGCUCGUGUCUAUCCGAUCGAUUUGGAUACCUUCGUCGCCAUCGAUGGGUUACGGUACUGGCGGUGUCGCUGACGUUUUUUACGUUGGGAUUGGUUAUGACUACUGAUGCCGGCUACUAUUGGUUCGAUCUGUACGACGAGUACAGCGCCGGCGUGUCCUCCACCCUCGGUACCGCCUUUAUGUGUAUCGUCGUCUGUUGGUGUUACGGUUUGGAUGAUUUCCGUCAAGAUAUGAGAGAACUCCGUGGAGGCGGAGAACCGAAAAAUGUUUGGAGCCAAUGGUUGGGACCGACAAGUUAUAUAUGGACGAUUAUGUGGAGAUUCAUCACACCACUAUGUGCGAUUUGUGUGAUGGGCGUGUUGGCUGGUAGUCGGAAGUAUCCGUAUAAUGAGGAUGGUGUCAAGUAUCCACCGCUAUUUGAUAUAUUCGGAUGGUUUGUCGCCGCUCUCCCAUUUUUCGCGAUCCCGUGGUUUGCGGUCUCCACGAUUCUGAAGUAUCGACGAGAAAAUAUUCCACUCCGCACUGCGUUUAUGGUACAAAAACAGCACCCGUCGUAUGAUAGAAUAAGUGAGCGAUGGCCGGAAUGGAAGCAGAAAAUCGGGGAUCAGAUGGCGGAGGCGGAGCCAGGAGAUGACGAUGUGGAGAUUGUGGAUGCCGAUGAUGAUGGCGAUGAGUCGUAUUUGGAGCAUUUUUAG